AUGUCAGAGAUUCAAGACAUAGAGAAGCAACAAGCAAAGCCAUUCAAGUCUUUUAGAAUUAUAUCAAGCACAUUGUUUGGUUUCAUUUUAAGAGCCGCCCAAUGGUUUGUCACCAUAUUGGUCCUUGGUUUAAGUGCUGGUUCAUUAGACAAAUAUGCCACCAGUGGCUCAAUGUCAUACACAGUGUUUGCCUCUGUCUUCACUUUGCUUUACCUUAUAGUAUUUACCAUCUUGUCCUUUGUUUCACCAUUAAACAUCAUCAUUGGUGUCAAUGUCAUUCUUGAAAUAUUGAUCACAAUCUUUUGGUUCACUUCAUUCAUCUCAAUUGCCGCCAUCUAUGGUCCUUCAGAUUGCAACUAUCACUAUUCUGGAUGGUAUUAUAUUUAUUAUAUCAAUAAAAAUGCUUGUCAAGCUUCAAAAGCUGCUAUUGCAUUUGCUGCUGUCAACUUUGCCCUCUUCUUGGUUUCCGCAUUAGCUUUAAUCUUAACAUCUAUUAGCAACAUAUCAACAGAUCAAUUGUUUCAACAAAAUUCAAUCAGUGGUGCAAGCUUGAAUAGACCAUUAAUUGCUGUUACAAGUAUUGGAACUUCAACUGUGGCUUUUCAAACUGAUAACACAAAUAUCGAGUCUGCUGACACUUUAAAUAACAAUACUGUUGAACAAGAGGCUGAGCCAAAAGAAGAAGGAGCUGCUGAUGAUGUUUCAGCUCAAUCACCUGUUACAACUGUCACACCAGCUCAAAAUAAUUAA